CGCUCUCCCCGUUGGAGCAGUCAUGAACUGCGCCGACAACUCGGGAGCCAAGAACCUCUUCGUCAUUGCCGUCCACGGUAUCGGAGCCCGACUCAACAGGCUGCCCGCUGCCGCCUCGGGUGACAUGGUUGUUGCCUCGGUCAAGAAGGGAAAGCCAGAGCUGCGAAAGAAGGUCAUGCCUGCCGUGGUCAUCCGCCAGCGCAAGCCAUGGCGCAGGCGCGACGGUGUCUUCCUCUACUUCGAGGACUCCGCCGGUGUCAUUGUCAACCCCAAGGGAGACAUGAAGGGUUCCGCCAUCACUGGACCGGUAGCGAAGGAGUGUGCCGACCUGUGGCCCCGUAUCGCCUCCAACGCCGGUACCGUCGUCUAAGCUACUGUCUCGCUCUCUCGCUUCUUUCACAGCAAGAUAGUCAGUCGACGCUACCUUUCGUUCCCGGGUUCUUGUCCACACACUGUACUUUCAUCCUCUCUC